UCUACCAAUAAGAAAUAGGAGCCAAAAGCGCAGCAAAACGAAGAAAAUAUAAAUUUGAUUUUGAAAUUUUUAUUUGCUAGUAUGAAUUUUUGCUAAAAUUGCCACCAAACAGCGUUGAAAUUAGGCAAAAAGUGUUAUUCCCAGCCAUUAGGUUGAAGUUAAAGUGAAAAACUCCGCCCGAAUUGUGAAACGGCAUCGAUUUGCCGAGAGUGGAAAAUUCGGCCGAAAAAAACGACUCCACCAAGCGCUGACAGAUUUUUCCAGUUGGAUUCGCGGCGAGUUCUGCGACCCUUGCUAUCGACCGCCCAAAAGGAGUAGGAAAUUGCAGGGGGUGUUUUUGUUUUUCCCUGGCUGUCCCGAGCGACAGAAGGAUCGCGGACAACGUUAUUCCGAAUUCCGGAGGCAAUUUAUCGAAACCGAAUGGUGUAACUUGUGUAAUUGAAUCCAUUGCGUCAAACGGUUUAUUUUGAAGUGCGUCUUGAUAUCAAACUUAGGAAGGCGUUAGCACUGGCAAAAAUGGAAGUUGAUGAGGAGUACACGUUCGAUAAUCAAACAAUGGAGGAGCUUGGUAUCGAUUCUUUAGACGAGGGAACCUUGGUUGGAUCAGAUGAUUUAGUGGAAUACUCUGGCGGCGAGGAAGAGAUUGAGGAAGAGACCGUUUACAUCAAAUCUGAGGAAUCAUUUGAAGAACCAGCCCAACCAAAAACAAUGAUUACAAGCCCUAAUAUAACGGUUAAACGAGUGAUCAACAACAAACCUAUAGCAACGCCAACAACUUUAACAAGAAUAGCCCCGAGACCGGCAAAUUUCGUUAGAGCCACAAACGCAGCUGGAAAAGUCGUCUAUAUACAGAAACAAACAACGCCUACAGCAGCGCCGGUAAAGUUACUCAACAAUGCAAAGUCACCAACUACCGCCGCUAGCACCACGUCUACGUAUCAUUUAGUCAAAAGCGAGAGUGGUGUCGUUAUGCAGCCCAAGGUGCAAACACAAACCAUGAUCCGGCGAGUCGUCCCAGCAACAGCGACCUCCACCACGACAGCAGGUGGCGCUUUGAACAGACCCAAAACCGUUACGAGGCCCGCAACGCAUGUUGUAAUCCACACCAAAAUGGGCCCCUCGGGUACUUCCACCACCAAAACUCUCACCGUUGCCGAAGCUCAUCAAUUGGGCUUGCUCAACAACAAAAAACACAUGGUUCAAGUGGAAAAGCCCAAACCUACCGGAAUUUCUUCUGCAAUCAAAUCUCCAGUCAAGGUCCUCCCCGGGGGAGCCUCCACUUCAAACAGUUCCACAAUUGUUCGGCUGAAGCAAUCUCCUGGAACUUCCACAACGGCCGGCCAAGUGCAACGCAUCACAACGCUCGCUAAACCGAGUCAAAAGGUCGUUCUGCCCCAAAGCGCCAUCCAAGUGGGGCAAAAAACUGGCCAAAUUCAAGCAAUAAAUAUCCCCGGUAAAGGUAUCCAGUACGUUAGAUUCCUGAACCAGAAUUCCAGCUCAGCGGGCAGCGCGUCCACCUCCGGCCAUAAGGUGGUUCAAGUUAUGAGCAAGUCCGGCACCGCUGCCCCAGCUGGUUCGAAAAUAAUUGUACAGAACAACAAGACCUAUGUCGUCAGCAAUGGGAACGUAACGGCCGUACGGGCUGCUGCAUCGGGGCAACAAACCCGAGUGCUGCCCUCGGGAUCGCAAACAGUUGUCAGAAGGGUCCUGUCUGCCAGCAGCAGUCAAUCUGGCGUUCUCCGACGGGAUCCGGAAUCUACUCGAUAUAUUGCGGUGGUGCGCAAAGAUGAUGGUAAAUCCACCGAAGCCGUCACCAAUCUAACGGCAUCGCAGCUGAACCAACUAAGCGGAACGACCGUAAUGGCUGGUGGGUCCAAAACGAAAAUUGUCAUGGUUCCCUCCAGUGUCAGCAGCGUUUCCCAUCAGCUUAAACCCACUCUAAGCGGUUCGUCGUCCCUGAAUAGCAGCAACCCCACGAUAAUUUCCGUCAAGCGCGAAUCGGUUAGUGGAUCGGAAGAUGAAACGCGGAAAGGGCCCGCAGUGGGGACAAUGUUCCCCGAUGAAGCCUACAAGAAGCGACCGUGCAAUUGUACCAAGUCGCAGUGCUUGAAACUGUACUGUGAUUGUUUCGCGAACGGGGAGUUUUGCUACAACUGCAAUUGUCGGGAUUGCUACAACAAUCUGGACAACGAGGAGGAACGGCAGAAGGCGAUUCGGGCUACGCUGGAACGGAAUCCCAGCGCGUUCAAGCCGAAAAUCGGCGCCGUCAGUGCCGACGAGGACGCCCUCCGCCUGCAUACUAAGGGCUGCAACUGCAAACGGUCCGGCUGCCUGAAGAACUACUGCGAGUGCUACGAGGCGAAAAUUGCCUGCUCGGCCAACUGCAAGUGCAUAGGUUGUCGCAACACCGAGCAAUACGCAAAAGAGUACGAAUACGCAACGUCUCUGACUGGUGUAGAUAGCGUGGGGGGAGUCGUUGCUGGCGGAACAGGAGGUAUCUUGGAGCAUCUAUCCGGCGACGACAGCAUGGCAGAGGUCAGUCAAACUGACAUGAUUUUAGGUGGGCCAAGUGAUAUCAAACCUAUCGGAGCUGUCGGUGGUGGUGGUGCUUUCGUCGAAACCAAACCAUCGAUAUCGGCCGGAACAGCAACGGUGGCAGUUGCCGGACUGAAACGUACCAAUUCGGACGAACCUGAUCUCACACAGUUGCCACCGUCGAAGCAGCCGUACAAUUUUAUGACUCCGGACGUUAUCGAAGCAACGGUCCAAUGCAUGAUUGCGCAAGCGGACGAGUGUCAAAAGCGAGGAUGCAACAUUCGAACGGCCGAGCGGAUGAUCCUGGAGGAGUUCGGUCGCUGUCUGGUGGAGAUUAUCGAGUUUUCCAGUAAAUCGGACAGCUAAAGUUUGCUGUCUUGGUAAGUGCACAUAUUUAUGCUUUAAAAUAGCCUAUUAAAAGAAUAUUGUGAAUACUGUACGGUACUGAUAUAGAGUUAAUUGCAUUAGAAUAAUUAAUUACUACUGAUGUCAUUGUGGUGGCACGCUGGUUGUUGUGGAACCAAAAUUUGGUCCUAGAAAGCAUUAUGCGUAAGCAAUAAUUAUUUAAAAGAAUGAUUCGUGGAUAUCCUGGUUCACCCAGAUGUAAUAUUUAUUUCUCUUUGCUUUUGUUGUUCAUAUUUUUUUACAACUUAAACAUGCGUAUUUUAAGGCUAGUCGAAAUAGUCGCUUUAUACAAAGCGGCAUGGCUGUACGUUUCGCAAUUAUGAUAAAUUACCAAAAAGUGAAUUCUUCUAAAAAGUUUAGUGAUGGACGCUGAUAAGGAUUUUUCAAAAUCUGGAGUUGUAUAUAAAAUAGUGUACAAAAUAACAAUUCGAAAUGCGUUUCAUAGUCAAUAUGCUUUGAUUGAAAAUGUACAGAUAAAUGUAUGUAUCGAAAUAUUCGACUAUAAUAAUUAAUUAAAUAUUACUGCUAACCUCACUACAAACAGAAUGUUAAUAAAAGAUGAUAAAAGUAGAAUGAUA